GGCUCCGGGAGUAGGAAGGAGCUUUCCGCGCCCGGGCGGCCGACUGCGGGCACUUUGAUGAAUCACGUGUGUGGAGGCCCUCUUAAAGAGAUAGGCACCACUUUCCCUCCACCCUAAACACCGCCCUGAGGGCGGAGGCGGCGGCGGCGACCGUGGUAAUUGCAGCUGCUCAGGGGCAGGGCUUGCCCCCGUGCGCCGAGUAGUGGCAGCGGCGUGGUUGCGUCGGGGGUGCCUGAGAGCCGGGAGCCUCGAGGGCCUGAAAUCGGCAGUUCUGGGGCGGACACGCUCUCCCUGAGGAAGAGGUGCUGCCGAAUCCGUGCAGGGCAGCGUGAGCGCCCCGAGGUGCUUCCUCAGUUGAGGGGAGGUGGGGUGACAGGGCACAGGUGACAGGGCCAGAGAAAGAUGGAGCAGCUCGGGGCGGCGGCGUCGGGAGCGGGAGGCGGCAGCGAGGAGCCCGGUGGGGGCCGGAGCAACAAGCGGAGCGCGGCUAAUCGGGCCGCCAACGAAGAGGAAACGAAAAACAAACCCAAAUUGAACAUUCAAAUAAAAACUUUGGCAGAUGACGUGCGUGACCGAAUUACAAGUUUUAGAAAAUCUACUGUCAAAAAAGAAAAACCUCUUAUUCAACAUCCUAUUGAUUCUCAAGUCGCAAUGAGUGAGUUUCCUGCAGCUCAGCCAUUAUAUGAUGAACGAUCUAGGAAUUUGUCAGAAAAGGAAGUACUGGAUCUCUUUGAAAAAAUGAUGGAGGACAUGAACCUUAAUGAAGAAAAAAAAGCUCCUUUACGAAACAAAGAUUUUACCACCAAGCGUGAUAUGGUUGUCCAGUAUAUUUCUGCCACUGCCAAAUCUAUAGUUGGAAGUAAAGUUACGGGUGGGCUGAAAAACAGCAAACAUGAAUGCACCCUGUCUUCACAAGAAUAUGUUCAUGAAUUACGAUCUGGUAUUUCAGAUGAGAAACUUCUUAACUGCCUAGAGUCCCUGAGGGUUUCUUUAACCAGCAAUCCUGUCAGGUAG